GUAAAGGGCUGGGGGCGGGGCUGGGGGUUCCGCUAGGUUAGUGGUUCCGGUGGCCGCCGUGCAUUGUGGUCGAAGAAUCGUUGAGAAUUUGUGCUUCGCGCCUGGAAGGGAUAGAGCGAGUGGCCAUGUCUCACACAAUUUUGCUUGUUCAACCUACCAAACGGCCAGAGGGCAGGACUUAUGCCGAUUAUGAAUCUGUGAAUGAAUGCAUGGAAGGAGUCUGUAAAAUGUAUGAAGAACACCUGAAGAGAAUGAAUCCCAACAGCCCUUCAAUCACAUAUGAUAUUAGCCAGCUGUUUGAUUUCAUUGAUGAUUUGGCUGACCUCAGCUGCCUUGUUUAUCGUGCUGAUACUCAGACAUACCAGCCCUACAAUAAAGACUGGAUAAAGGAGAAGAUCUAUGUCCUCCUCCGCAGACAAGCUCAGCAAGCAAGCAAAUAGUGAUGUCUCAGAGAAGGGGCUGGGGGGAGGUGGACAACAGGUGUGUACAGUGUGCUGUAGUGAAAGUUUUGUAUUAUAGUCCUCCUGUUCAUUCCUGUUUGUCUAUAUCUGAGAUUGAGUCUCUUAGAAUUGAAAGAGACUUGUUCGGUUUGAAUUUUUUAAGGAAGAGAGGAUUAAUCUUUUGCAGGCAUUUAGUUUUUUCUCUUUGCUGAGAUUAACAGUUUUAUUUUGUUCAAACCAUAGGACUGUUCACAUCUGCUUCAUCACACUAGCUGUAUGUAUCUCUGUUCAGGGGUUUUCAAUGUUAUCAUUUGGAUGCAGUUAAGAUGUAGCAGAGAAUAAAAUAAAUCAUCUUUAGUUAAA